ACCGUCCAUUUACAUAGUUCGUAUCCUUUGUGCAUCGUUCUCUUUUAGGUCCUAUAUAAACUGCCCAGAUAAUCUUGGGCCAUGUAGUUCCAAGGAAAGCAACACCAUCUUGUAUUGUCGUGGGUGGGGUCUUCAAACUCCUAUAUAUGUACAUUCAUCACCUUAUAGAUGCAAGUCCACCUCUGAAACUAUACUUUUGUCCACGUCACACUGUUUAACAAAUUUAAACUUGAGAGCUCCUUUCACCUUCGAGAGAGAUGGAGAAGGAUCAAAUUGGCACUAAACCUGCAACAAGCAGCGUGUUUCAGGAUUUGUUACCGGUCAUGGCAGAUAAGCUCGAUGCAGAUGAUUUUGUUGCUGAACUAUGCGGUGGCUUUCGGCUUCUAGCAGACCCCCACAAAGGGUUGAUCACAUCAGAGAGUCUGAGGAGAAAUUCAGCUCUUCUAGGCAUGCAGGGGAUGAGCACAGAAGACGCGGAGGGGAUGGUAAGAGAAGGAGACCUUGAUGGGGAUGGAGCACUUAAUGAAACAGAAUUUUGCAUCCUGAUGGUGAGGCUUAGCCCCGAAAUGAUGGAUAAUGCUGAAACAUGGCUUGAGAAGGCACUUGAUCAAGAGUUGAGAAAAUCGUCACAUUAAGUUCCUUUAACUUUACCAAUUUGGCAUUUAGUAAGAUGGCAUCACUUUUUAUUUUAUUUUUUCGGGAAGUUUUAAUGAAUGAAUAUGAUUUAAAUGGA